CGCGAUUGGUCGGCGCGCACGUUACGUCACAGCGGGGUUAGAACUAUCCGGCGCUGAUCCCCCCCGGCAGUCCUCACUCGACAGCAACGGGCCUGCCGCGACGCAAGACACGAGAAGACACCCACCCGGAGUAGAGUGUACCUGUCGUGACCAGCAACCAGUGGGAGCAACAUGGUUGAUGCUGCAGUACUGGAGAAACUGGAGGCUGGCUUCAAGAAGCUGGAAGCCUCAGACAGCAAGUCUCUGCUGAAAAAGUACCUGACGAGGGAAGUAUUUGACAAGCUCAAAACCAAGAAGACUCCCUCCUUCGGUUCUACACUGCUAGACUGCAUUCAGUCUGGUCUCGAGAAUCAUGAUUCUGGUGUUGGUAUCUAUGCUCCUGAUGCAGAGGCAUACACCGUUUUUGCUGACCUGUUUGACCCCAUCAUUGAAGACUACCAUGGUGGCUUCAAGAAGACUGAUAAGCACCCACCGAAGAACUUCGGUGAUGUCGACACGUUGGCCAACCUGGACCCCAACGGCGAAUACGUCAUUUCCACCCGUGUCCGCUGUGGUCGCUCCAUGCAGGGCUACCCAUUUAACCCUUGCUUGACAGAGGCACAGUACAAAGAAAUGGAGCAGAAAGUUUCCACCACACUGUCUAGUUUGGAGGGUGAGCUCAAGGGUCAGUUCUACCCUCUGACUGGCAUGAGCAAGGAAGUGCAACAGAAGCUCAUUGAUGACCAUUUCCUGUUCAAGGAGGGUGACAGGUUCCUGCAGGCUGCCAAUGCAUGCAGAUUUUGGCCCAGUGGUCGUGGUAUUUACCACAAUGACAACAAGACCUUCUUGGUUUGGUGCAAUGAGGAAGAUCACCUCCGAAUCAUCUCUAUGCAGCCUGGUGGCGACUUGGGACAGGUUUACCGUCGUCUUGUACAUGCUGUGAAUGAAAUUGAGAAGCGCAUUCCUUUCUCACAUGAUGACCGUCUGGGUUUCCUCACAUUCUGCCCCACCAACCUGGGAACAACGCUUCGUGCCUCUGUCCACAUAAAGCUGCCAAAACUUGCAGCUGACAGGACAAAGCUGGAGGAAGUUGCUGGAAAAUUUAACCUCCAGGUCCGUGGAACACGUGGUGAGCACACAGAGGCUGAGGGUGGCGUGUAUGACAUUUCUAACAAGAGGCGCAUGGGUCUAACAGAGUAUGAUGCUGUGAAGGAAAUGAAUGAUGGCAUCCUGGAGCUCAUAAAGAUUGAAGGCUCUCUGUAAACAUUUGUGGACCAACUAAUCGCUACAGAAAAAUAUUUUACAUCCACUCUGCUUCCCAUGUACCCAUACUAAAGGACGUGUCUACAGCUCAGUGCUGUUUGUCAGUACGUUUACAUUUCCUUAAUCUUAAGAAAUCAAUCUUCCCAUACUUCAUACAAUCAUAAGACUGGUAUGGGAAGUAGAAAUGUUGGUCAUCAGUAUUUUGUAAAUUGUUGUAUGGUAUUAUAAUUUAUAAUUGCUGCUGUUAGAAAUGAUUUUCCUGUAUAAUGCUGUAUUGAUAAUUUAGUUAAGAUACUCAUGCUGUAUUCUCAUUUGCAAGUUUGUCUGCAAAUAAUGAACGCACACAUUGGAAAUGAACACUACAGUGAUGAUACUAUUAAAUAUCUCAUUUAACAGCAAUAACAGUGGUUUGUCACAGUUCUGAGUCUUUGAGUUGUAACAAAUACACAUAGAAAGGCUUUAGAUAAGCUGUUGCUUAUGCCUUAUAGUAAAAGGGAGUAAGAGGUUGAAGGAUGUUUAACCACAGUAAAAACAUAUUAGCUGUAACAGCAGUUUUGAAUAAAUAAUAGAUUAUAGUUCACUAGGGGUGAAAUUCAUCCUUUACAGUAAAGUGUUUCUGCUCCCUCUUGGCUCAUGUAAUGUGUUCACCACAUGAUAUAUUUUAGCCACUAAGGGCUUGUUUGAAAAUUUCAGCUGAGUGUAAUGCUUCUAGUCCUUAUGAAAGUAAUAUAUUUUUGCCAUUCAUUAAACAAACCAAAAGCUGUAAUGAAAGACAUGUUUGCACAAAAAUUACCAUUCCCAAAACAAAACAGCUGGUGCAAUUCCACUGUUCAGUGAACAAAUAUGAAUAAAGUCGUUGCUACAAAAUA